AUGGAUGACCAAACCCAAUUUACAGAAAGAGCAUUAACGCUCGUUACUUUAGCACAGAAGCUGGCACAAGAUCACCAGCAUGCACAAUUACAACCGAUCCACCUUUUAGCUGCGUUCGUUGAAACCCCAGAAGACGGGUCGAUCUCGUACUUGCAGAAUUUGAUCGAAAAAGCUCGGUACGACUACGAUGCUUUCCGCAGAACCGUGAACAAGCACUUGGUCAGAGUCCCACAGCAAAACCCAGCGCCUCCUCAGAUCUCGCCCAGUUAUGCGACCGGACAGGUGCUACAGGAAGCUGCCAAGAUCCAAAAACAACAGAAGGACUCUUUCAUUGCCCAGGACCACAUUUUGUUUGCUCUGUUCAAAGACUCCAGUAUCCAACAGAUUUUCAAAGAAGCACAAGUUGAAAUAGAGGCCGUGAAACAACAGGCACUGGAACUUCGGGGCAACCAGAAAAUUGACUCUCGGGGCGCCGACACCAGCGACACGCUCGAGUAUCUUAACAAAUAUGCCAUAGACAUGACUGAGCAAGCCCGUCAAGGUAAGCUCGACCCUGUCAUCGGCAGAGAAGAAGAAAUCAGAAGUACGAUACGUGUUUUGGCCCGCAGAAUCAAAUCCAACCCAUGUUUGAUAGGUGAGCCCGGUAUCGGUAAAACCGCCAUCAUCGAAGGUGUUGCUCAAAGAAUAAUUGAUGACGAUGUUCCAAGUAUCUUAUUUGGUUCUAAGCUAUUCAGUUUAGACUUGGCUGCACUUACUGCAGGAGCCAAAUACAAAGGUGACUACGAAGAAAGAUUCAAAGGCGUGUUGAAAGAAAUCGAGCAGUCCAAGACUCUAAUCGUUCUGUUCAUUGAUGAAAUUCACAUGCUAAUGGGUAAUGGUAAGGACGAUGCUGCUAACAUUUUGAAGCCAGCGUUGUCCAGAGGCCAAUUGAAGGUUAUUGGCGCUACGACUAAUAACGAAUACAGGGCCAUCAUUGAGAAAGAUGGCGCUUUUGAAAGACGUUUCCAGAAAAUUGACGUUCAAGAGCCCACUAUUAGAGAGACCGUUGCCAUCUUAAGAGGUUUACAGCAAAAGUACGAGAUCCACCACGGUGUGAGAAUCUUGGACAGCGCUUUGGUGACGGCUGCUCAGCUCGGUAAGAGGUACCUACCAUACAGAAGACUGCCAGACUCGGCGUUAGAUUUGGUUGAUAUUUCUUGCGCAGGUGUUGCUGUAGCCAGAGAUUCAAAACCGGAAGAGCUAGACUCGAAAGAGCGUCAACUGCAAUUGAUACAAGUUGAAAUAAAGGCUCUAGAAAGGGACGAAGAAGCCGAUCCAACAACUAAAGACCGUCUACAACAAGCCAAGCAAAAGGAAGCGUCUUUACAAGAGGAAUUGACUCCUUUGAGACAACGUUACGACGAGGAGAAACAGGGCCAUGAAUCAUUGACAAAAGCCAAGAAAAAGUUAGAAGAGUUGGAAACCAAGGCUCAGGAUGCAGAACGUCGCUAUGAUACUGCAACAGCUGCUGACUUGAGAUAUUUCGCAAUUCCUGACCUAAAGAAGCAGAUUGAUCAACUGGAAACCGAAGUCGCUGAGGAAGAAAAGCGCGCCGGAUCGGGCGCCAUGGUCCAAAACGUGGUAGACAGUGACACUAUCGCUGAAACUGCCGCUAGACUGACUGGUAUUCCCGUCAACAAGUUAACAGAAUCUGAAAACGAGAAGUUGAUCCACAUGGAAAGACACUUGGCUUCUGAAGUCGUCGGACAAAUCGAGGCCAUCAAGGCAGUAUCCAAUGCAGUUAGACUUUCUAGAUCUGGGCUAUCAAACCCAAGACAACCAGCAUCCUUUUUGUUCUUAGGGUUGUCAGGGUCUGGUAAAACGGAGCUGGCCAAGAAAAUUGCUGCCUUCUUAUUUAACAACCCCGACGCUAUGAUCAGAGUUGAUUGUUCUGAACUAAGUGAAAAAUACUCGGUAUCGAAGCUGCUGGGUACUACAGCCGGUUAUGUCGGCUUCGACGAAGGUGGAUUUUUGACAAACCAACUGCAACGUAAACCAUACUCGGUUUUGUUGUUUGAUGAAGUCGAAAAAGCACAUCCAGACGUGCUAACGGUUAUGCUUCAAAUGUUAGAUGACGGUAGAAUAACUUCAGGUCAAGGUAAAACUAUCGACUGUUCCAACUGCAUCAUCAUCAUGACCUCCAACUUGGGUGCCACUUUCAUCAACGCUCAAUCUGGUUCUCGUGUGGAUGAUCCAACAAAGGCUUUAGUAAUGGGUGCAGUGAAACAGCACUUCAGACCUGAGUUCUUGAACAGAAUCUCAAGUAUCGUUGUUUUCAAUAAGCUUUCACCAAAAGCUAUUCACAGAAUCGUCGAUAUCAGACUCAAGGAAAUUGAGGAGAGAUUUGAAGAAAAUGACAAGCACUAUAAGCUGGACGUUACACCAGAGGCCAAAGACUUCUUGGCCAGAAAUGGUUACUCGGAUGACAUGGGUGCGAGACCAUUAAACAGGUUGAUUCAAAAUGAAAUUUUGAACAAAAUGGCCAUCAAAAUCUUGAAGAAAGAAAUUCAGGAUAAGGAAACUGUAAGAGUGGUUCUCAAACCUAAUCAUGGCGAUGAGCCCUCUGAACUCGAGGUUUUACCUAACCACGAAAGUAAUGAUGCUGACAUGGAUGUCGACGACUGGGACGAUUUAGAGGACAGCAUGACUGAUGGCACUCCUCUAGACUAA